GCGCUUCUCGGACCCUCUCAGCCUCGACCUCUCUCCAGCAUAAAAGGCUCUUAGGUACCAAGGUAUGAGCUGCUCUCAUCAUCUUAUAACCAUUGUAUCUUAAGACUAAAAGUAUUCCCUUGUUGCCACAAAUUAGGUUUUAGUUUAUGUACGCUGUUCAGGCCUUGAUGGGGUCUUUGGCUUGAUGUCCCAUCAAUGAAGUAUGAUGCCGUCUGAGUGUCUGUUUCUGAUAUUCAUGUGUGCCAUGUGAAACUUUGAAAUGGUUACAAUGUAUUGUGACUUGUGAUCACUGAAUGAUAUCCGCUCGUGUAAGUCCAUCUAACACUACCUGCAACUCACGGCAGGGAAAUCAAUGGCAGUCUUUGCGGACAGGUAAAAUAGAGGCAUGCAUAGGAAGUGAACGAAACUAUCAGAGUUAUAUUGGAUGGAUCCGGCUUGUUCUGUUUUUUCGCUUACUUGAAAUACUCUCUCUCUCCCUCUUAUGAAACCAGAGUACUUGUGAGCAUGGGGAUAAAACUUCUUUUACUCACCAUUUGUUUAUGUGACUCCAUCUGCACAUUCGCUUAUCAUGUUUCCUCCGAUGGGUUGGUGAGAAUUGGUCUAAAGAGGCGGCAUUUGGACAUCGACAGUAUAAAUGCUGCAAGAAUCAAAGAAGUAAUGCAUGCUAAAAGUCCAGCAGAUAUCAACAGUAAUUUUGACUGUCCAAAGGAAGAUUUCGUGUAUCUAAAGAAUUAUCUGGACACCCAAUAUUAUGGAGAGAUUGGUAUCGGUUCUCCCCCGCAGCAUUUUUCUGUUGUUUUUGAUACUGGCAGUUCCAAUCUUUGGGUCCCAUCUUCCAAAUGUUAUUUUUCUAUUGCUUGCUACAUACAUAACAAGUACAGAUCCAGGCUAUCCAGUACGUACACAAAAAUUGGAAAAUCUUGCAAAAUCCCUUAUGGCUCUGGAUCUAUACAUGGCUUCUUCAGCCAAGAUAAUACGGAAGUUGGAGAUAUUGUCAUCAGGGAUCAAGUGUUUGCUGAGGUUUCAAGGGAAGGAUUUUUUACAUUCUUGCUUGCGCGGUUUGAUGGCAUACUUGGCCUUGGGUUUCAGGACAGAGCUGUAGGGCGAGUAACACCAGUGUGGUACAACAUGGUGCUACAAGGUCUUGUGAGCAAGCAAAUUUUCUCUUUCUGGCUAAAUCGAGAUCCAAAGUCACCGACUGGUGGUGAGAUUAUCUUUGGAGGUGUUGAUUGGACUCACUUCAGGGGUGAUCAUAUUUUUGUCCCAGUCACUCGAAAUGGUUACUGGCAGAUUGAGGUGGGUGAUAUUCUUAUUGCAAACAAUUCGACAGGUCUUUGUGAGGGAGGGUGUGCUGCCAUUGUGGAUUCCGGGACAUCCUUUCUUGCUGGUCCAACUACUAUUGUGGCUCAAAUUAACCAUGCCAUUGGAGCAGAUGGCAUUGUCAGCAUCGAAUGUAAAAAUGCUGUUACUACUUACGGGGAUUCAAUAUGGGCAUUCUUAAUAUCAGGGUUACAACCCGAAAAAGUAUGUUUUGAGGUUGGACUCUGUUUGUAUGAUGAAUCUCAAGCAAUAAGAUCCAGUAUUAAGAUGGUGGGCAGAAGUCAAAAAAGAAGUGAGAGUGCUGUGUGUACGUUAUGCGAGAUGAUAGUUUUCUGGAUCCAAGUGGAGCUUAAAAAACAGAAAACUAAGGAAAAAGUUCUUAAAUAUGUUGACGAGCUGUGUGAGAAGCUUCCCAAUCCUGGAGGAAAGUCAUUUAUCAAUUGUGAUAACAUCGCUACCAUGCCAUUUGUUUCUUUCACCAUCGGGGAUAAAUCUUUUCCCCUCUCUCCAGAACAGGUGUGUUUUAAGUCAUAAUUAUAACUUUCUUUCUUCAGAAUUGUACUGUAAUAUAAUCUGUUUAGAGAAGCAACCAUGAGAUGAGAUGACAUCAUAGACUUCCAGAGACCUAAGCAGACAAGAUUUAAUACUAGCAUAACUAGGAUGAUCUCAUCUGCCACUUGUUGCCAAUUAAACCUACCCACUUAUCAAGCCAGAUGGCUCUGUCAUUCUGUAGCAUAAAAUUGUUGUUCCUUCCUUCAAUAAUAAAAUCUGUUUUUGCUUUGUGCAAUCCUUGUUGUGAUCAAAUUAUAAACUUUUGUUUCUUCUAUCUUUCAAUUUUACAUUAGUACACUAUCAGAGUAGAAGGAAAAUGUUCAACCGUCUGUCUUAGCGGGUUUACUGCUCUGGAUGUCCCUUCCCCACAAGGGUCCCUCUGGUAUGUAUUUGAGUUUAUUGCAACGAUCUAUUAGUACUAGUGCGUGCACCUAUUCAGUUUCUCUUCUAUGUGCGCGUCUGUCCAAUACAAUGUGAAUUUCUUAGUGCGUUUUGGACACAAUCAUUUCCAGCUACACUAACAAAUUCAUAUGUACGACAUGCGAUUACAUGUAUACAGGGUUCUUGGAAAUAUUUUCAUGGGAGCAUACCACACGGUAUUCGACUUUGGUAAUCUACGAGUGGGAUUUGCACAAAGUGCCUAGUACUGUACCAUUUUUCAUAGUGAUUAGAUUGUAAAGGGAUGAUAAUUUCUGGCUUCACCUAGUCACUCAAUGGUGCUUAUGUAAAGUUUAUUUUGCUAGGUAUUUCUAUUUUCAUUUUCAUUUUCUUUUUCCCAUUUAGGGUUGAUGUGAAGGUAGGCAAUGCAUCUAUAUG